UUGUUGACCGCUGUACUGAAACAGUUCCGCUGUAAAAAAAACACGUCCUGUAUUGAUUUUAUUUCGGCUUUUGCUGAAAUUACAAAAUUUAUCUGGUAUGUUGCAAAGCCUUAUCCAGUUGAGAACAUUUUGUCACAAAUCGAAAUCGUUUUCAUUUGUGACCACACCGAUUUUUUACGUUAAUGCUGCUCCCCACAUUGGACACCUGUAUUCAGCGGUUAUCGCUGACGCCAUUCAUCGUUUCGCAGGUCUCGUGUAUGGCUCUACGGUGCCGCAUAACGGGGCUAUCUUUAGCACAGGAACCGAUGAGCAUGGCACGAAGAUACAGCAAGCGGCUUUGAAGCAUUCUGUACCGGUGGAACGUUACUGUCAGCAGAUUUCCGACCAAUAUCGACAACUUUUCCGCAACUUUAGAGUCGGCCAUACUCGAUUCAUUCGAACAACCGAAACUGACCAUGCGGUUGCUGUAUCUCGCUUUUGGAGUGCAUUAGAGGCAAGUGGAUGCAUUUAUUCAGCACAGUACUCCGGUUGGUAUUCCGUACCAGAUGAGACAUUUUUAACCGAUAGUCAGUUGAAAGAGAACGACCAAAGAGUCAAAGUUUCCGUUGAAUCUGGGCAUCCAGUCGAAUGGACCGAAGAAACAAACUACAUGUUCCGUCUGGAUCGUCAUCAGCAGGAUGUCCUACAUUGGAUCAAAUCUUGUGAAGAUCGAAUAGUGCCUGUAAAGUUCCGGAAAAUACUACUGGACUUACUGGAAGAACCGCUCCCAGACAUAUCUAUAUCGCGCCCAAAGUCUCGCGUUUCUUGGGGAAUCGAAGUUCCCAAUGAUCCCACUCAAAGCGUGUAUGUGUGGUUGGAUGCCUUGGUAAACUACCUAACUGUGGCCGGUUACCCCGGUCAGUUCGAUCGAAACUGGCCACCAACUGUACAGGUGCUGGGGAAAGAUAUUUUAAAAUUCCACGGCAUUUAUUGGCCUGCUUUUCUGCUAGCAGCAGGUCUCGAACCACCACAGAAGCUACUGGUACAUUCCCACUGGACAGUGGACAGCCAGAAAAUGUCGAAAAGCAAGUUUAACGUAAUCGAUCCCAACGAGAGGGCUGAGCUGUACACGCAUGAGGGUAUUCGUUACUUCCUGCUGAGGGAGGGUGUAGCACACAGUGAUGGAAACUAUAGUGACACGAAGAUCAUGCGAAUUUUGAACGCUGAAUUGGCAGAUUCGUUUGGUAAUUUACUGUCUCGUUGUUGUGGCAAAGCGCUUAAUCCGGACGCGAUCGUUCCUGUGGUUGACCAGAACAUUCUAGAUAAGCUAUCCCUAUCUGAGAGUGCAAAGAAAAUGCUAGAUCUGCUACAGGCGAUGUCAGACAAAUGCUUCGCUCACUAUCAACAGUACAACUUUUAUCUAGUGGUGGAUUGCGUAGUGCAGCUUCUUCACGCAACUAACACUUUCUUCGAGACUUGCGCCCCUUGGAAGCUGAAAGAUCAACAGCAGCGAACCGAGUUGCACACCAUUCUGGGAAUCACGAUGGAGGUGUUGCGUCAAGUUGGUAUUAUACUGCAGCCGAUAGUUCCUGGUUUGAGCAGCAGAGUGUUAGAUAAGCUAAGUGUGCCACACGACCGAAGGCUGUGGAACGAUCUGCAACUACAGGUCAAUAGAACUGAGCGACCUCUGGCAGCGGAAGGAGAUACGGUGCUGUUUCGAAGAAUUUUACUUCCCAAACAGGAAGCGACGAAGGGAGAGCCAAAGGCUAGGAAAGUUAAAAAGAAGAAUUAGAUAAUAUUAUAUAGAAUCGUUUGCAGAAGAUUAAGCUCAUGAUUCUAUUCUGAUGACUGACUGAGAAAUUUGUUUGUAAAAAUGUUUAAAUGACUCCUCGUUUUUUUAUGUUUUGAGUUUGGUUAAAACUUUAAGCAUAUUUUUUUAUGCACAUCAAGUUAUUGUUAUGGUAGAAAAUAGUAGUCUUUAAAUCCA